AUGUCUAAACGCGGUAAAGAAUGGCGAUUCGAUCCCCCUGCAUAUCCGUCCUGGGGUGGAAUUUUUGAAGCGGUUGUGAAGGUAGCUAAGACUCAUCUUCGACGAGUCAUCGGAGAAACGGUGCUCACCUUCGAAGAAUUGGCUACGGUAUUUUGUAAGAUUGAGGCGGUUCUUAAUUCGCGUCCACUGUGUCCUGUGUCUUCGGACCCCAAUGAUUUGGAGGUUUUGACCCCAGGUCAUUUUUUGAUUGGUGGACCACUCACCGCACUACCGGAGUAUCCUUUUACGGAGACACCAUUAAAUAGGUUAACUCGUUUCGAGUUGCUGCAACAACUUUCCCAAAGCUUCUGGUGGAGAUUCAGCUUAGAAUACCUCCAUUUGUUACAGCAACGGGUUAAAUGGUGUGACAAGACCGACCCACCUAAGGUUGGAGAUCUCGUUCUAGUGAAAGAGACGAAUAUGCCUACGCUGUCUUGGAGACGGGGUCGAAUCCUGAGGCUAAUUGUAGGCGCGGACG